CCACAAUCAACUCCGCCCUCCCACAUGACCUCCAAGCGCUCAUUCGGCCAGGCGUCAUUACCCAUUACCCAUCGCCUCACAUCGCCGACGUCCUCACGCUCUACACAACAUCGCUCCCACCAUCAUCACAUCACAACUAGCCCAACUGCGUCCCACCCAGAACCUGAGCGAACCUCACCGUUGCAGCAAUGGCUUCCACCGCAAAGUACCAGCCUGCGCCCCAGCAGGAGCCUGAUGACGACUUCACCAGCGCGCCCCCCGCAUACGGCUCCUCCUCCCGCGACGAGGGCCUCUUUGGCGCUCCGCGCGACAGCGAAGACAACAUCCCCGAUGACUUCAAGUUUGGUGGUUCCGUGGCCGAGGCUACCGUCGACAUCCGCAACCAGUUCGUCCGCAAGGUCUAUACCAUCCUGACCGUCCAGCUUCUCGCCACAGCCGGCGUGAGCUCCCUCACUUUCUUCAGCACCGGAUACAAGGAAUGGAUUCAGAGCCACCCCGGCGUCGUUUGGAUUUCGCUCAUCGGCGCCAUGGUCUUCAUGGGCCUGACCUACUGGAAGCGCAAGUCGUACCCUACCAACCUUCUCUUCCUGUCCCUGUUCACCCUCGCCGAAGCCUACACGAUAUCCGUCAUAGUGUCAUUCUACAAGACCGAAAUCGUUCUCAACGCUGUCAUCAUCACCGCCGGUAUCUUCGUCUUCCUCACUGCCUUCGCCUGCCAGUCCAAGUACGACUUCACCUCAUGGAUGCCCUACCUAUUCGGUGCCCUGUGGGGUCUAGUCCUCUUCAGCUUCAUGGCCAUGUUCUUCCCCUACAACUCGACCGCCGAGCUCAUCUACGGAGGUGCUGCCGCCCUCAUCUUCAGCGGCUACAUUCUGGUCGACACGCAGCUCAUCAUGCGUCACCACCACGUCGAGGAGGAAAUUGCUGCCGCCAUCAGCCUGUACCUCGACAUCAUCAACCUCUUCCUCGCCAUCCUGCGCAUCCUCAACAGCCAGUCCAACAACUAAGCUAUGCGCAACAUGAAUGAAAAUGGUGAGUGUAUGUGAAUACGUGUGCGACGUGUGCGACGGAGUGGGAGAUUGCUCUAGUGAUGGAGUUUCCUAAGUCAAGAUUUCCUUGUGUCUCUUCUAGUGGAGGACCUGUUGUUUCGGGUAGUCUGUUAAUUUCCACGACACCCAUUUCGUUGCCCGAGUAAGAGAUGGGAAGCUGCAUGGGUUACAUGGUUAGGCGUUCAAAUUGUAGUUCUCAUCCACUUCUCGUUUUUACAGACAGCUCGUUUAGUAAGAUAGUGCGACCGUUAAGCGUG